AUGUCUACUCGAAAGUUCGCUCCAAAAGAACCUGUCCAGCUUAAUCCUCCUCGCUCAGAUCCCUUUACCACAGAACAGCUUUCAAAGUUUGAUGGUAUCCAGGACCCCCGCAUCUAUGUCGCCAUCAAAGGUACAAUCUUUGACGUCUCCCGCAACAAGGAAAAAUACGGCAAGGGCCAAGGAUACUCGCUCUUUGUGGCUCGCGACGCUUCCAUUGCUCUCGCAAAGUCUUCUCUUGACACCUCCAUCUAUAACCAGGGUUUGACUCUGGCUGAUCUCUCUGAAAAAGAGCUUAAAACUCUCGAGGAUUGGUACUCUUUCUUUAUCCAGCGUUACAACAUUGUCGGCAAGUUAGUCGAUUAA